AUGAUGGCGCCAGAUAACCACACAGCAGAGCAGAUAGAACCUCUGCUACCGAGUGAUGCGGGCAGAGCUGACUAUGGAAUCGCGACAGACCGCCAGAUUGACCAGGAGACUCAGGAAGAGCCGGAGCACCAGGCGGAGAGAUGGAAUGAGCCUCGUAUCAAUGCCUGGAGGGUUUUGGCGACUUAUUACAGUUUCAUAGUCGUGGGUGCCAAUGAUGGUUCGUAUGGUGCUUUGAUUCCUUAUCUCCAAAAAUACUACAAUGCCGACUACGCCGCUGUAUCCGUAGUCUUCCUCUCCUCCUUCAUCGGCUACGCCACAGCGGCACUAAUCAACCACUCAAUACACGUCCGAUUCGGACAGCAUGGGGUCGCCAUUCUAGGAUGUGGUAUGCACAUUAUCGCCUAUCUCGCCGUUACCCGCCAUCCCCCGUAUCCCAUCUUGAUCGCCAUCUUCAUCCUGGCCGGUCUCGGAAAUGGCGUCAUUGAUGCCUCGUGGAAUGCCUGGAUCGGCGCAAUGGCAGACAGCAGCAUGGUGAUGGGUCUCUUGCACGCGUUUUAUGGUCUGGGCGCGGCCUUGGCGCCGUUGAUUGCAACUACGCUAUUCACUAAGAGCGGAUGGCAAUGGUAUGAAUUUUAUUAUAUCAUGGCGCUGGCAGGAGCCGUCGAGUUUGUGACUUCUGUCGUGGCAUUCUGGAACGCCAGGGGAGCAGCAGCCCAUGCUGUGGAAACUGCUCCCACAGACGAUGAGCAAAUACAAUCGCAGCAGCAAAAGAGUCCCACAGUCCAGGCUCUAGCACUGCCAUCCACAUGGAUCAUCAGCGCCUAUCUGUUCGUCUACGUCGGCAGCGAAGUCACAGUCGGGGGCUGGCUUUUCACCUUUCUCGUCGACCUUCGCCACACAGCUCCGUUCGCCGCUGGAAUUGCCAACUUCGCCUACUGGGCUGGUAUAACCGGCGGACGGGUGGUUCUCGGCUUCCUCACACCAUACCUCAAGAAGCAAAAGACUGCCGUAACGCUAUACCUAAUCGGCUGCGUCGCCGCACAGCUUAUUUUUUACACAGUCGACAACUUCGUCGCGUCCGCCGUCGCAGUCACAUGUCUGGGCUUCUUCCUCGGUCCGUUAUUCCCUGAAGCUGUUAUCGCGCAGACCAGGAUCCUCCCGAAACAUCUGCACGUCGCAGCGGUUGGAUUCGCGUGUGCGCUAGGCAGUGCGGGCGGCUGCACGUUUCCGUUCAUUACUGGUGCUAUCGCGAAAUCGCAGGGCAUUGGGGUUCUGCAGCCGAUGGUGUUGGUGAUGCUCUGUCUUUGUUUGGGACUGUGGUUGUCGCUGCCGACGAAGCCGCCGGCUGCUAGGAGGGCUGCGAAUGGAGCUGCUGUAUAA